AUGGUCGAAAAGAAAGAGUCAGAGUCUGUAUCCCAGCUCGAGCCUGUGGUUUCAAUCACCAAGGAAGAUUUGGAAGACAAGAAGAAACAUGUUUUGACAACAAUUGUAUCACCUGGUGGGAAGGAGAUUGAGAUAACCAACAAUGUUGAUUUGGCAAUGAAAUUUGCCGUUGAGCACAAAGGUGAGUUUACAGAAUUGGAUCCAGCCACUGACAAGAGGAUUUUACGGAAAAUUGACAUGUAUUUACUUCCUGUGAUGUGCUUGUUAUAUUGUUUCCAGUUCAUGGAUAAGUUGAGUACAAGCUAUAGUGCAAUUUUGGGAUUGAGAGAAGAGUUGGGUAUGGUAGGAAACAUGUAUGGUUGGACAUCAACUUGCUUCUACAUUGGAUAUUUGGCAUUUGAGUUUCCUGCUUCACUAAUUCUUCAGAGGUUUCCAGUGGUCAAAGCUGUGAGCACGUUCAUUAUUGUUUGGGGAGUGAUACUUGCCUUGUGCUCUGUUCCGCAAUAUCCUGGGUUUAUUGCUUUGCGAACAAUCUUGGGAAUGCUUGAGCUGUCUGUCACCCCAGCAUUCGCCAUCAUCACGUCCCAGUGGUACAAGAAGGACGAACAGUUUUUGAGAACGGCUUGGUGGUUUGCUUCAAAUGGUUUUGGAGUAGACCUCGGUGUUUUGAUAGCAUAUGGCUUAUUCAAAAACCAAGACGCUUACACGUUGCCAGCCUGGAAGUUGGUUUUUGUUGUAACUGGUGUUCUAACUGUUUUUUUGGGGUUUCUAAUUUUAUUUCACAUCCCGGACACACCGACUGGAGCGUGGUUCCUCACCGAAGAGGAGAAAGUGUUGGCUGUUGAAAGAAUAAGGGGCAACCAACAAGGGUUUGGUAACCCGAGAUUCAAGAAAGAACAAUUCAUGGAAGCCUUAACUGAUCACCGUACAUGGCUAUUUUUCACCUUAGGCAUGGCUAAUUGUAUUCCCAAUGGUGGUAUCACAACUUUUGGAACUGUUUUGUUGAAUGAGCAAUUUGGGUUUGACACGGCAACAGCCUUAUUGAUGCAAUUACCUUCUGGUGCAAUUGAAAUAGUUGGAUGUGUCUUAUUUGCGUGGCUACUGAAGUUCAUGAAAUCACGUAUGUUGAUGGCAUCCCUCAUUGCUGUGCUUACUCUCAUGGCGGAAUGUUUGUUGGCUUUUGCACCCACAAAUGAGGGUAAGCUUGCCGGAUUGUAUUUGUGGUAUAUUGGUCCGCUUUCGUUCAUUUGUAUCAUAUCACAGGUCUCUUCAUCUGUUGCGGGCCAUACGAAGAAAGUCACCGUGAAUGCUAUAUUCUUGAUUGGAUAUUGUAUUGGUAAUUUGAUUGGCCCACAAACGUUUAUUGCAAACCAAGCACCAGCUUAUGCCGGGGCCAAGGUUUCAAUUGUUAUUUGUGGAGUUAUUGCUUUAAGCUGCCUAAUCGCAAUUCAUGUGUCCUACUACUUAGACAACAAGAGACGUGACUCAUUGCCUCCAGUUGACAUGAGCCACAUUGAGAACUACGAGUUUGCCGAUUUGACAGACAAGCAAAAUCCAAACUUUAGAUAUGCUCUUUAA